GAUAUGUCUGCCUAUGUGAAAAAAAUUCAGUUCAAGUUACAUGAAAGCUACGGUAAUCCUUUGAGAGUUGUUACCAAACCACCGUAUGAAAUCACCGAAACAGGCUGGGGUGAAUUUGAAAUAAUCAUUAAGAUAUUUUUCAUUGAUCCAAAUGAAAGACCUGUAACCUUAUAUCACUUGCUGAAGCUUUUUCAGUCUGACACCAAUGCUAUCCUGGGAAAGAAAACCGUAGUUUCUGAGUUCUAUGACGAAAUGAUAUUUCAAGAUCCUACUGCGAUGAUGCAGCAGCUGUUAACAACAUCUCGUCAGCUAACACUAGGUGCUUAUAAGCAUGAAACAGAGUUUGCAGAUCUUGAAGUGAAAACCAGGGAAAAGCUGGAAGCUGCCAAAAAGAAAACUAGUUUUGAAAUUGCGGAGCUUAAAGAAAGACUAAAAGCAAGUCGUGAAACCAUCAACUGUUUAAAGAAUGAAAUCAGAAAACUUGAAGAAGAUGAUCAGUCUAAAGAUAUGUGAUGAGUAUUGACUUGAUAAAGAGCCUAUACUGAAAACGGAAGGACUUCAAUCAUGGAAUUGUAUGUGUUCUCUUGAAUUCUGUAACUGAGACUAUGUGAAUUUCACUUGCAAAUGAUUGAAGUAUGUGGCAAUCUACUUCACAAAUGGAAGAAAAAAGAAAGAAUGUAUCCUUGUUUUAUAGUUAAAAUCUGUGGAUAUUUAACAAUUUAUUUCAAGUAGAAGGGAUCUUGGAGACCUGACUACUUUUUUUUUUUAACUGCAUUUGAGUGGUGUAUAAACACUU